UAGUAUCUAUGACAGUACAGUACAGGUCAGCACCGAAGCACUUUCAUUUCAGCAGCCGGCCCAGUGACAAAAUGGAGACCUUCCUUGUUCUGUGUGUACUCUUUGGUGUGUGUGCUGCUAACAGUGUCUACACGACCUACCUAUGGCACAUGCAGCAGCCUAUCUACUGGCCGGACAAGUUACCAAGCAAUCCUAACACAUACCAGAAAGCGUAUGAUUCUAUCCAGCUCAAGAACACACAAGGAGGUCAUCCUUAUGACAAUAUGGAUGACAUUUUUGGAAAAGAUGACAGAGUGAAUGACUACCAGCAUUAUGCACUGGACGCUGUACAGAGUUGUGCUGCAGACUCUCCAGAUAUGGGAGCUCAGGUGAGCUUCAGUGGUUGUCUAAUUGAGAACUUGAACAACCUUGCAGACAACAACCACAUCUACAGUUCAGGUUGGAACAACGCUUACUCUGGUGCCAUCAAUUCCAUGAAAACCUCAGGCGGAGAUCCUAAACUGGAUUUUGUCUCCUUCACCUACCACCACGCUCUGACCACCCUUAUAGACAGGAAUGCACUUGCCAAAGAGAUUGCAAUUCACAAGCUGAUGUACGCCAAAACGUGGAACAAAGCACCCUACUCUAAAGGCUUCUUCCCCGCUGAGAUGGUGUUCACUGAGAGGGCCAUCCCCACUCUAGUGGCAGCUGGUCUGCAAUGGGUCAUCGUCGCCAACAACCACAUCUCCAGAGCCUGCAAAAAAUACCCUUAUGAUCCCCAUGGCGACAACAAUUCUCCUCCUAACAAAGCUGAUCAGGUGAAUCCUGAGCAGUCUUCCUAUUUCAGAGAGUCCAUUUCUCGUGGCUGCGUUCCAAACAAUGCGUACCCAUUCUCAUACCGACCUCACUAUGCCCAGUAUGUGGAUCCGGAAACUGGGAAUGCAACCAAGAUUAUUGUAAUACCAGCUGCAAUGGCCAUGAGUUGGUUGGAUGGUUACCAGUGUUACGGCACAUCGGACAUAGACAAGAUUGCCGGGAAUAGUGACCCCACCCACCCUAUCCUGGUACUCCUGGCUCACGACGGAGACAACGCCUUUGGAGGAGGGAAUUCGUACUAUGAGGAAUGUGUUAAAAACUUUGUGAACGAAGGAAAAGGAAAGGGAUACAUUGCCACGACAGUGCAGCAGUACCUCAGGCAGUUCCCAGUGGACGAGAAUGACGUGGUGCACGUGGAGGAUGGGGGGUGGGUGAACCCUGACGGGGACUUUGGGUCUCCUCAGAGCCUACAGUGGAACUACCCCCUGCAGCCUAACAAAGCUCAAGUGGGCCAGUUUGACAUUGAGAAUGGCUGGUCCCUGGAUGAGAGGAACUGGGCCGUGCUGACAGCUGCCGAGAACGUCGUGGAAACGGCAGAGCAGGUAUCGAUUGGUGCAAAGAUCAGUGAAAUACAAGCACCAUCAGCUAAUGCAACUGAAGCUGAGUUGGCAUGGCACUUCUUCCUGCCGGGACUCACCUCAGGAUACAUGUACUAUGGGGGAGUGGAGGACAUGCCCGUGAAGCAGACCGUAGCAGCCAACAAUGCCGUCGCUCAUGGACAGAAAGCAAUUGCCAUGUCCAACGGCUUGGACCAGACUCCUCCCACUGUAUGGGCGCUGCAGCGGUUGCCAUGGAACCCAGGGGCAUGUGGCAUGGGGGAACUUUGGGGCUACAAGUACACACCCAUGGCAACUGACUUCCACGUGUGGACCUUUGCUUACGACGUGUCUGGUAUAUCGUCAGUCGUGUUCAACUAUCGCAAAGACAUGGAUGGUAUCAACCCUUUACAAGAUAACUCAAAUGAAGUGUACAAGUCAGACCUAACCCAAGUGACAGACUGGACUACGAUGAAGAUGAAUGAGAGAGUUUUCCCAAAGGGAAAUGUGUACAAUGCCAGCAUUGACUUGAGCUGUAACAGCACAAAAAAGGAUUGCCUCCCUACCAUCAUCGCUAAUGAGUUCUGGAUCAAGAUAACAGGGCUGAAGGAUACACUGAUUGACUACUUUGUGACUGCCACAGACACUAAAGGAAAUGUCAAGAAGACAGACAUAUAUCAUGUCUACAUAGGAGCAGGGAAUGCAGCAUGCAAAGGAUAAACUGUGAUUUCAUAGUUGUGUGUAUAGAUGUAAGGCUGUAAUUUUGUAGCUAUUAGUUAUCCUCUAUUUUUUGCACAAUUAAUUUUGAUGUACAACCACAUAUUAAAAUUAAUGUUGAUAAUAAUUCUUA